AUGUCUGUCUUGUCUUGUCAACCACCAAGUGUUAUCGACUUGCUCAAUCUUGGUUCUUUGGUUUCAAACCGAACGAUGCAAGCAUCAAAGACGAAAGAUCUCUUGAAGAAAAUGUUUGAUUUGUGCCAAACGGACUGGGUCUCAAACUUUCUCUUCACAUCCGACCCCAUUCACCCCAAUCUUUUGGCAUCGGAGGUCCUUUUCAAUACUUCGCUUGUUGCAGAACUUGCCACUACACGCGUUGAGUCGCCUCGCCUGCAACCAAACCCGUCCCCAAUGGGAGAGAGUCACUACGUGUUUAAUCGUCUUCUCAUUGUACCCACUUUCACCGCCGGACACCUCACCGUAGGAAUCGGAGUCAUGGAGUACUCGCGAACCAGUGGACUGCUCACUCACCCAGAGUAUGGUCGAAGAGGGCGCCACAAAUUUUGCAAUUAUCGCUUUGUCCGAGACGCACGGACAAGGAAGUUUCUAGUGGUCAUGGAUAUACCAGGGGGGGACGCCUUUUCCGUAUAUUAUUCAGUCCAUGGAAGCCCAACACUCUGUCACAGUGCCACGGCGCUUUUCCGCAAAAGCUCUUUUCUCCAAUGCCUUAAUGAAGCGAAGAAAGACGUCGUUUCAACUGCGACAUUGACCCUUCUCUCAAUCACAGAGGAGCACUACUUUAGGCGUUGCCAGAUAUGUCACCAGACUCACGCCAUGAAUUGUGGCUGUGUGCAGCCGAAUUUGCCACCAGCACACCCUUUUGACUUUUCUCGGUUCCAAACCGAACUCGCCGGAGAUUGUGGGCUUUUCGAAGGGUUCUCAAGAAGAUCGCUCGUAUCACACAGCGGACAGACAACGGUAUCCUUUGGCUCAAGUGUUUGUCUGCAACUCAUUGUAAAUGACAAAUUGAGGAAGCGUCUACGGGGAUGGUCGUUGCAGAGUCAACUGUCUGUCGGUAGUGAAGAUCCUCGGGCAUCACAUCAACUAAACACCACAUUUGGUGACAGAAAACAAGAGACUGAGCUCCUGUCAGGUAAUGUUGGAAAUGCUUUUUCAAUACCAAUGCCUGACCUUCUGGAGGGCUGUUGUGAAGAGUCAUCUGAUGUUAAUGCAGAUAUCAAGCAAAACGAUCAAACUGACGCUCUCGAUAUUCCGUUACCGGAAAAUGCAUCUGCAGAAAAAGUGCGAUCAUCUCUGAAAUCAUUUCCAACUGAGGCACUAACCGAAAAUAAGCAUGACUUCUUCCGUGAAGGGCCCGCCAUGGCACGGCCUACUGAGUCCGAAGGGUGGUGGAAUCAAUUCGAGCGUCAAGACAUUUCCCUGCUGCCUGAGAUUUACGGCUCUGCCGCUGAGCCAGUUUCAGAAGGUGUCACCAGUCCAACAGUCAACACUCUCUUCAAUCAGAACGGCACUGCCGAACAAUUGCCAAGCUUGACGAAACCAGAUCAGGAAGCUAACCGGCAAGCAGAUGCUGUAGCCCUGGAAAGGCAAAGAAAGCUUGAAGCGCGGAAGGAGCGAAAUCGGGCUUCGGCACGGCGUAGCAAUAUUAGAAACAAGGAAUUGAAGGCUGCCAUUCGGGAGGAAAUGAAAGUGCUAGUUGGAAGGGUCGAGACGCUUCGAAGCCGCGAGCUGCGGUUGAGACAACAAAAUUUGUCUUUGCGUAGAUUGCUCGCCGUGAAGAACGUGUCAGACCGUAGAGGCAGCAUUUCGUAAUAACUUCUGGGAAGAAUCACUCCCGUGUUAGUUUCCUUUUAUUCCUCUCACAGUGCGUUUUUUAGAUAUAACAUACAGUACCAACAUCGAGCGGCGUAGGAUGACUAACAACAUCCGUGUAGCUACAUGAGGCUGUUAAAGGUGUUUUUGUACAAGGCG